AUGCCUGAAUUCGGAGCUUCAGCUAUCCCGACUCCUCCGGCGCUGUCCAGCAGCAGGAAUACAACUCCUACGCCCACAACAACCUCGGAAGAGGAAUCCUCCCAGGGCUCAGCUUCCACGCCCGAUCGACCAGCAACAGCGAUACCAGAGCUGAAGCGGAGAAGCAAGUAUCGCCAUGUCGCAGCAUACCACUCAGAAACGCGGGCUUCCUGCCUCAGCCGCGAUUCAAACGCUUCUCCAAGCUUCUUCGGUUUCCGAAACCUCGUGGUUAUCGUGUUGAUUGUUAUGAAUUUGCGACUUAUUAUAGAGAACUUCAUGAAGUAUGGGGUCUUGAUAUGUCUCCGCUGCCAUGACUACCGCAAACAAGAUCUGGUGCUGGGAGCUGUUCUCUUUUCUCUUGUCCCUUGUCAUCUUUUCAUCGCGUAUCUGAUUGAGCUCGCAGCGGCGCAGCAAGUUAAAGGCGUAAUAGGCCGCAAAAAGAAGUCUGAUCUUCCAAACGGCAAACAAAUGGAAGAACAGCCAGACUUCCGGCGGACGUGGGUGUACAUCGCCAUUGCGCACACGGUAAAUGCCAGUGUGUGCCUUUUAUUGACAUCAUACUCGGUGUACUUCUACAUCAAUCACCCUGGCAUCGGAACCCUAUGCGAGAUGCACGCCAUUGUCGUGUGGCUGAAGAAUUGCUCCUAUGCUUUUACUAAUCGCGACCUUCGCCAUGCAUUUUUGCAUCCAUCACCGGAGAACAACCUUCCAACGAUCUAUGAUUCCUGCCCGUACCCUCGAAACAUCACGAUCAAAAACCUUACCUACUUCUGGUUGGCUCCCACCUUGGUCUAUCAGCCGGUAUAUCCUAGAACGAGCUAUAUUCGAUGGAAUUUUGUGGCCAAACGAGUUGCUGAAUUCUGCGGACUCGCCGUAUUCAUGUGGAUUAUAUCUGCGCAGUACGCGUCGCCAACGCUGCUGAACGCGCUGGAAAAGAUUGCGCUGCGAGAGUGGGCGUCCAUCGCGGAACGUGUGAUGAAGCUAUCGACUAUCUCCCUAGUUAUCUGGCUGGCGGGGUUCUAUGCUUUGUUCCAGUCGUUCUUGAAUGCCCUGGCGGAAGUUUUGAAGUUUGGCGACCGCGAAUUCUACAAGGACUGGUGGAACAGUCCAAGCGUGGGUAGAUACUGGCGGACGUGGAACAUUCCCGUGUAUCAAUUUAUGAAACGGCACAUCUUCUCGCCGCUUAUUGGGCGGGGAUGGAGUCCUUUCGCGGCCAGCGUAACCGUGUUUACGUUUUCGGCCUUGCUGCAUGAAUUGGCUGUCGGUAUUCCUACGCAUAACGUCAUUGGCGUCGCGUUCGGUGGCAUGAUGUUACAACUUCCUCUGAUAGCAGCAACUGUACCACUUGAGAAGAUGAACAGCCAGGCUGGCAAAGUCAUGGGCAAUGCGAUUUUUUGGUUGAGCUUCUGUCUCGUUGGCCAGCCCUUGGGAGCGCUUUUGUAUUUCUUCGCGUGGCAAGCCAAGUAUGGCAGUAUCAGCAGAGGCCUGAAAUGA